AUGCAAGCACUUCUACAGAUAAACACACACACACAAGCACACAACAUUGUCCUAUAUUUAAGGGCGAUUCUGUACGAAAUUCAGGACGCACCAGUGAUGCUUCUGACGAUUCUUCCAUUGCUGGCUUUAUUUCUACUUUCCUCUGCUCGAGAUUAUGAUAUGGAAUGCCUUUGGUGCAUCGAUGUGGUGUGUAACACUCGUGAUAACUUCGGCAACAACAUCGUUAACGCCACAAAUGCUGCAUUCGAAGCGUACUUCACCAGAACUUGCCUUCUGGAUCGGAUGAAGUCGGUGCUGUUAGCAGCAGUUUGCUACAAAAUGUAUCAUGAUUACAGGGACACGCUUUUCAAUGAUUUGAGGAAUAACGUCACUGUUUUGCAGACAUGUUUCGAUUGUGGUUUUUGUAGAUAG